GCUCCGGCGCGCGGCCCCGAGAUACUGUGGGGUGACGGCUGCGCCCGGCCCCUGGCGCCUGGCUGCAGUGUCAGACGGCGCGAGCACGGCCCCCGGGGACUGGGUGUUGACGGAGGAACCGCCCGCGGGGCCAGGCGCGCCCCUGUGGGCGGGGGCUGCGGAGGUCGCGGAGCCGUGGGCCCGGGGCUCCAGCUGCUGUUUUCCGGAACGAGGGCCGGAGCCCUGCAGCUCGGUUUGCCAAGAAAAGGAAGUGGUGCGGCAGAAAUGGUCCUGGCAGCCAAGAGGGAACCUAAGAGCAUGCAGUGGACAAAAUGGAGAUUGAAGAUGGCCCUUCAGCUAUGCUAGGUCUAUAAUGGGAAGUGUCACAGUUCGAUAUUUCUGUUAUGGAUGCCUUUUCACAUCUGCGACCUGGACGGUUUUGCUUUUUAUUUAUUUCAACUUCAGUGAAGUGACUCAGCCGCUUAAGAAUGUGCCCAUCAAGGGGUCCGGGCCCCAUGGACCAUUUCCCAAAAAAUUUUAUCCCCGUUUCACUCGAGGGCCAAGUCGAGUGUUAGAGUCACAGUUCAAAGUAAACAGAAUUGAUGAUAUGAUAGAUAGUCAUGUUGAAGAUCCAGAAAAAGGCAACAUGAAAUUCUCGUCUGAAUUGGGUAUGAUUUUUAAUGAACGUGAUCAGGAAUUGAGAGACUUGGGCUAUCAGAAACAUGCCUUCAACAUGCUUAUCAGUAACCGCUUGGGCUACCACAGGGAUGUGCCAGACACAAGGAAUGCUGCAUGUAAAGACAAGUCGUACCCUGUGGACCUGCCAGUCGCUAGCGUUGUUAUCUGUUUCUACAACGAAGCCUUGUCUGCCUUGCUCCGUACAGUGCACAGCGUCCUAGACCGCACGCCAGCCCAGCUCCUUCAUGAAAUCAUCCUUGUGGAUGAUGACAGUGACUUCGAUGAUUUGAAAGGAGAACUAGAGGAAUAUGUCCAAAAAUAUCUCCCUGGAAAAAUUAAAGUCAUAAGAAACACAAAGCGUGAGGGAUUGAUUCGAGGAAGGAUGAUUGGAGCAGCCCACGCUACAGGAGAAGUGCUGGUGUUCCUGGACAGCCACUGUGAAGUCAAUGUGAUGUGGCUGCAGCCCUUGCUGGCUGCCAUCCAGCAGGACCAGCGGACCGUGGUGUGCCCUGUCAUCGAUAUUAUCAGCGCGGACACGCUCGCCUACAGCUCGUCCCCUGUCGUGCGGGGAGGUUUCAACUGGGGGCUACACUUCAAGUGGGAUCUUGUUCCCCUUUCUGAGCUUGGAGGACCAGAAGGAGCUACUGCACCGAUAAAGUCACCUACAAUGGCUGGAGGAUUGUUUGCCAUGAACAGACACUAUUUCAAUGAACUUGGACAGUACGACAGUGGCAUGGAUAUCUGGGGAGGAGAAAACUUAGAAAUAUCAUUUCGGAUUUGGAUGUGUGGAGGUAAACUCUUCAUCAUCCCUUGCUCUAGAGUCGGACACAUUUUCCGAAAAAGGCGACCAUACGGUUCUCCUGAAGGCCAGGACACUAUGACCCACAACUCCUUGAGGCUGGCGCACGUUUGGCUGGAUGAAUAUAAGGAGCAGUAUUUUUCCUUAAGACCUGACCUGAGGACCAAAAGCUAUGGAAAUAUCAGUGAGCGUGUUGAAUUGAGGAGGAAGUUGGGUUGUAAAUCAUUUAAAUGGUAUCUGGAUAAUAUUUACCCAGAGAUGCAGAUAUCUGGGCCCAACGCCAAACCCCAGCAACCCAUUUUUAUCAAUAGAGGGCCAAAACGCCCCAAAGUCCUUCAGCGUGGAAGGCUCUAUCACCUCCAGACCGACAAGUGUUUGGUGGCCCAGGGCCGUCCAAGUCAGAAAGGAGGCCUGGUGGUGCUUAAGGCGUGUGACUACAGUGACCCAGGUCAGAUUUGGAUUUACAAUGAAGAGCAUGAGUUGGUUUUAAAUAACCUCCUUUGCCUGGACAUGUCAGAGACUCGCUCGUCAGACCCGCCACGACUCAUGAAGUGCCAUGGGUCAGGAGGAUCCCAGCAGUGGACCUUCGGGGUGAGGAGCUUGUCGGGGAGGAGGCAGGCGGAGCUAAGGGUGGAGCCCGGCGGGCGCACUCCUAGUUUACCUCGUAGCGGGAGGUCCCAAGUGGGCAGCAUCCACGAAAGAGUAAUCGGCUGUACCAGGUGUCAGUUGGACAGUGCCUGAGAGUGGUCGAUCCGCUGAGUCACAAAGGCUAUGUUGCGAUGGCAAUCUGUGAUGGCUCUUCCUCCCAGCAGUGGCACCUGGAAGGUUAAAGUGGAUGCUGUGCCUGGCAGGGUAAUUCAUCGGCGUUCACCGCCUCUGUAAGGUGUGAGGCUUGGGAAGUUGCUGGUACAAGAAAAUCCCUGAACUGAUUUCCUGAGUAGAACCAUUUCUGAGAGGAUGAGACGGCGGGUACACUAGAGACUGGAGCACAGAGUGAUCAUCAGAAAGUGAGGGCUCCUGUUUUACCAAGACAUUCACAUUAUUUCUGAGCUGCUAAGGAAUUUCUUGCUUAUGGUGAGAAACUAGAAUACAGUUUUAACUCUGCAAAGGUCAGGUUUGCACAGAAGGACAAACCCAGGAAAUUGACAUUUCUGUUCAAACUUAUUUAUGCUUUUUAAUACCUUUAAUAAUAGAAUGGCAUUUGUCUGAUCAGGAACUUGUCAUGAUUUUCUUUUUUAGAAGGACUUCAUAGGAAACAAAUUUUUUUUACUUCUGUUAUAUCCUAAAUAAUUUUAAACAAACUGAAUCCAUAUUACUUUUAACUUCAGAAGGCCUCAUUUGUAAGAUUAUAUAUUUAAGAGGCAGUUAACUAUUAUAAAUUAUUUUGAUGAAUUAUGGUACUAUCGACAUUCAAAUAAAGGGUCCUUUUGAUGAUUUA